AAGACGUGAGUUGUUGGCGUUCUGCGGUAGCAGCGUUCGGGUUGUUUGUGAGAAGUGUGCCGGGUUUCUAACUGUGGAAAAACCGUUUGAUUCAUAUAAUUAACAUUUCAGCGGUACGUGUGCACGCUCCGUACGGCCGAUGGUGAGACCGCAACAGCAGGCGGGUGCCGCCGAGCCCGCCGGCGCCGAGCCGGCCGAGCAGUCUGCGCCGCUGCCGCCUCUGAACGGCGACUGCAGCGGCCACGGCGGGCCGACGGACGGCUGCGCGCCGGCCGUGCCGCUGGUCAUGUCGUCGCCGCCGCCGACCGACGGUGUGCGCUACACGCCGUCGCCGCACUCUCAGGACUCUGCGUCGCCGCCGCAGGCCGCCGCCAGCCCGCAUGUGGUGCUGCUACACAUAGUGGACGGAGAGAGCAUUCAGUUCCAGCGCGGGGACAAUGUGGAGCUCAUACAAGGUCCCGCCACGGUGCAGAUGGUCUCGACCAACUCGUCGCCGCCGAUGGCGUACCCGGUUCAGGUACCUCCGGGUCACAUGAUGCAGCAGGUGGUGGACGGAACAGGUACCCUGCGGCACGUCAUCCUCUCGCCGGAGCCGAGAGCGCUGGCCACCAUGCCGCCCUAUAGCACGAGCCAGCCGCCGCCGCCGUUCUACCCGGCCCCUCCGCCGCCGCAGGGGUUCGGUCCACCCCCGUACCCCCCUCACGCCAUGUACGGAGCGGGGGGACAGCAGACGGGAGCCGGUCUCCUGGCGGCUGGAGCAGCGCCCAUGCAGCAGGGUCCCUCGCCGCCGCCGCAGCAGACCCAGAUGCCGCCGCCGCACGGUCCCAAGGACCAGCGCUCCCAGCGCCGUAUCCAGAGGAUGCGCCGAAAGCUAAACGAGAAGCAGCGGCCGCCGGCCGGCGGCUCGCGCGCCUCGCCCUCCCCGUCGCCGUCGCCAGGUGACCACAAGAACGGCCGUCGCACCGCCUCUGAGCCGGAGGAGAAUGGAGAGCCGAGUGGGGACAGUACCAGCUCCGUGUGUAGUCAACAGGACGACGAGGACCGAGCCGUCUGCGAGUUCCUCUCCAAACUGCGGCCGCCGCAGGUGUCAGAGAUCACGCGCGGCUCGGCGCUGGUUAGCUGGGCGCACCCGGACGUCACCGUCGACCAGCUGAGUAUUGCGCCCGACCAGCUCAGCUACGAGCUCAGUAUGGCUGAGAGCCGCUCGGGCUCCGGAGGCAGCGCACCGCCGCCGCCGGCUGCCUUCCGGCGAGUGUGCGCCGACAGAACUGUGUCGGCAGAGCUGACACAGCUGCGACCGGCCACCACCUACUACCUGACCCUGCAGUGCAGUCUUGCAGCUCUGCAGGGCACCGUCACCGCGCCUGUGAGCUUCACCACGCUAGCGGCACCCCCAGAGCAGCCGCGGCCGCCCACACUUCUUAGCAAGACCAAGACCAACCUCCACGUCAAGUGGUCGGCGCCGGCCGACAACGGCUCGCGGAUCAGCCAGUACGUGCUCGAGUGUGACGCCGGCCAGGGUUUCAGCGAGGUGACGCGCUGCCGCAGCAAGCAGCACACGGUGACCCACCUGCAGCCGGCCACCGCCUACCGGCUGCGGGUGGCCGCCUGUAACGAGCUGGGCCAGGGCCCGUUCUCUGAGCUGGUGACGCUGCAGACGGCCGGCCUGGUGCCGCCGCCGCCCGAGCCGCCGCGGCUCGACGAGGCCACCGCCGCGCAGCUGUCGCUCAGCUGGAGCCGGCGGCCCACCGAUGACUCGUUCGACGUGCACAUGGAGAAGGACGGCUCCAAGUACGGCUUCCUGGCGCUCUACAGUGGGCCGGACACGCGUCACCGGGCUAAUGGGCUGACCAGGAACACCAGCUACCGGUUCAAGCUGCGGGCGAUUAACGAGGAGGGGGCCUCUCGCUGGUCGGAGACGGUCAGCUACCGGACGUGCUGCCUGCCGCCGGCGGCUCCUGCCCGGCCGGCGGUGAGGGGCCGGGUCCACGCACACCAGGCGCGUGUGCGCUGGGAGCCUCCGGCCGACACGGGCGGCGGGGGGAUCGCCGAGUACCGGCUGCAGCUGCUGAGCGCUGGCGGCCAGUGGACGACCGUGUACAGCGGCGCCGAGCUGGAGCACACGGUGACCGGCCUGCAGCCGGGCACCGCGCACCAGAUGAGGGUGUGCUGUGUCGGUGAGGGCGGCCUCAGCGAGCCCUCCGAGCCGGCCACGGUCACCACCGAAGCCGUCUGUCCCGGCCGCUGUGCGCCGCCCCGGCUCCACGGGAAGCCUCGUGCCACAUCCUGUCACGUCAAAUGGGCGGCGCCGGAGUUUUGCGGCGGCGCGUCCGGCACUCUGGCGCUGGAGUACGAGCUCGAGCUGACCCUGGACGAGCCGACUGACGGAGUGGAGGAGCCGCCGGCCGCCAGUCGGGUGUACAGUGGCUCGGAUACAGAGUGUACCGUGUCCACCCUGCUGCCCGGCCGGCCCUACCGGCUACAGGUGCGCGCGGUGAACCGUGUCGGCGCCGGUCCGUGGUCCGAGUCUCUGUCUGUACUGAGCGGCGCCGGACCGCCCUCCCCGCCCGCCGCGCCCUCCGUGUCAGCCCGCUCGCCGCACGCGCUGCUGGUGCGCUGGGCGGAGCCGGCAUCCAACGGCGCCGCCGUCACCGAGUACCGGCUGGAGCUGGCCGUGGGCAGUGCCGCCUUCCAGCCGGUCUACACGGGCACGGCGCUGCAGCACGAGGCGCGCGGACUGCAGCCGGCCACUGCCUACCGGCUGCGGGUGUCGGCCUCCAACUCUGCCGGCGCCGGGCCGCCCUCUGAGCCGACUGUGACGGUUACCCCGGCGGCCUCGCCCGCGGCCGUCACCUGCGUGGAGGCCGAGCCGACGGCCACCAGCCUGACACUGAGCUGGCAGCCGCCGGCCGACCACGGCGCCGAGGUGCUCCACUACACUGUGGAGGUCUCCGAGAGGCUGUGCAGCACGGCCGGCCCGCAGCCGCGGCUCACUGUCAACCAGCUGGCGCCCGACACCGUCUAUAGGAUACGUGUUCAGGCGGUGAACAGCGUGGGUCCCGGCCCGUUCAGCGCCGUCUACCGCUGGAGCACCCUGAGCCUGCCGCCGGCGCCGCCGCCCCUCGAGGUCACCCACACGGCGCACAACUUCGUCCGCCUCCGCUGGGGCGACGUCAAACAGCAGACGGAGCGUAUCGUGUACUCGCUAGAGUGCGAGGCCAAGAAUGGAGAGUUUUACGUGGUGUACGAGGGCAGCGGCACCCAGUUCAAGAUGGCCCGCCUCUCCGAGGACACCGAGUAUCGGCUGAGAAUCUGCGCGGCCAACGAGGCCGGCGAGGGGCCCUACUCGAAUGUGGUCAGCACGCGCACCACCCGACAGCCGCCGCCCUCCGUCAGAGGUCUGCGUCUGGGCGACCGGACGGAGCGCAGCUGUACCCUGGAGUGGCUGCCGGUCAAGUCUGGCGCGUCGGCCGACCAGAGGCCCAGCUAUGAGCUGCAGCUGACGCCGGCCGGCCGGCAGCACGAGUUCCAGACGGUGUACACUGGCCCGGAGGUGCAGUACCGCCUGACCGGCCUGGAGCCCCAGACCGACUACCAGGCGCGCGUCUGCUGCCGGCCCGUCACCGGGGAGUGUGGACCGUUCACCGCUCCGCUGCGGUUCACCACGCCCGCGGCGCCGCCGCCGCCGCCGGCCGCCCGCGCUGCCGCCGCCACCUCCCAGACUGCCAAGGCGGCCGAGCGGAAGCCGUGGACAGAGCAGCAGUGGGCCGUGGUCAUCCUGGGCGCGUUCGCGGCCGUCGCUGUACUGCUGGCCGUCCUCGUACAGCAAAUCAUGGUUAUGAUGUCGUAGUGCAGCGCGUUUCGCCCGGACCCGACCCGACCCUGAUAUAUACCGUCUAUUUUAUUACGUGGUUGUACGUGCCCUCUGUGUCCAGAUUUUAUCUGGCGGGUGCGCGUCUGUCGGUCUGUCGCGUCCUGUCCCCCCUUCCUCCCCGCCACGCCCCGUCCUUCCGUCGCCAACCGAUCGUGAACGUGGAGAGCUUCGAACGACUGCCACCAGAGGCGCUGUGAUCGCGCCGGGACACGGCUGGACCGAGAUACGCGCGGGAGACAGACGAAGCACGGGCCGCUGUCCUAACCGCCGAGCGCAAACACCUAUAAACAGGUAAAUCACCAGACCAAUGUGCCACCGGAGAGGACUGCAGUGUCUCCGCGCUCGGCGGGGGUGGCUCGUGUGGUUCGUCUGACCGUCAGUGGUUGUGUGUGCGCGCGCGGUGUUCGGUGUUCUCUCGGGGGCGAACGGCGGCGGCGGGCGGCCUGUCCUCUCCGGUGUCCUAGGUGUGGCUCCAAGACAAUCCCGCGUGCGUGGCGCGGUUCGCGUGUACAAAUUGAACGCUGCAUUUAUGUCUCAUUUAUGUCUGCCGGCGGGCCGGGGCGCUCGGCGAGCAGCGUCCGGCCCGGCCGGCUGUUUUGUUUUAUUGUCAGGGUUUUGCUCGGGCGUCGCGUGCUGGGGCGGUGUCAGAGUCUGAGCGACAGACGAGAAGUGCGGUAAGAGCUGGGCAAUCGGCGAGCCCGCCCCGGCCUCUCGGUAGUUUUAUUUUUGUUUGCAUCGCUUGCUGGACACGGACGCAAGCAUCCAUUCCACACAAGGCACAAAAUCGUGUUUUGGAUGCGAAUUUCCGUUAUCGAAUAGCUUUACCAGAGGGAUUGUUUAUCGAGCGUUAUACUGCAAUUAAAUAUAUAUUUACUGUUAUAGCACUGCUUGGCGAGCACGCUGCGGCCGGGCGGUGCGUCUCUGGUGACAAUCGCCGGCCUCUCCCGCCCACAGCCCCUUUUCAAUGGCGCCCGCCGGUGUGGUUAUGUGAUUAAGACAUGGAUGGAUUGGACAUGGCGCACACACGGACUGGCGCACGCGGACGCGCCUCUCCUAUCUAUUAUAUAUAUAAACUGGCUAUAUUCUGUUGUCUGAUGCAUUCCAAAAUAAACAGGCUACGUUGA